AAGAAUGUAGCCGAACUUUAUUACCCUUGUACAAUGUAUUGCAUUAACUAUAUGCAUCUAACAUAGGACCCAUCUUGUAUAUCUGCUGUAAUUGCCUAAUAUUUCCCGAAAAGCAGUGUUCUGUUCGGAACAAGCAUGGGAUUAUUCAACGACAAAGACGAUGAUGAAUUGAAGCAGCCAAUCACAAAGCAGCAAGACGUUUCUCCAUCGAAUGGGGACGAUGAACAGCAGCAUAAGAAAGGGAAGAAAUAUCGCAAGGCUGAUAGGUUUCAGGGAAGGAACACUCUGUGUUGUCAUGGCCGGGUGGUGAUGGCAAAGAGUCUGCUGGCGUUUGUGGUUACUUUGCUGCUUAUUCUGGUCCCAUCAAUUCUUUUCUUCAUUUUCGAUGCGCCCUAUUUGUGGAAACACGUGCAUCAAUCAGUGCCAUUGAUUCAGGCCACUCUAUUCUUCAAUGUAAUGUCCAACCUGUUUCACGCAGCCUUCACAGACCCAGGCAUAGUGCCACCCUCGAACGACAAACGAACAGACGAGGAGGAGUUCUACAUUCGCAAAGAGGCUGAACGAGCGCCUCGCAAUUCGGAGGAAGACACUAUCAAAUCGGCAGGUGGGAAGAGUGCGGCCACAUCACUUCACGCUCCUUCCGCAAGAGUGCCGGUGAUGAAGAGCAAGACCAUCUACAUAGGGGGAGACAAGGAGGUGGACUACAAGUGGUGCUACACGUGCAGAAUGUGGAGACCACCAAGGGCAUCACACUGCAGUAGUUGCAACAACUGCAUCGAGGACUUUGACCACCACUGUCCGUGGGUGGGCAACUGUGUGGGUAAGCGGAACUACCGCUUCUUCUACCAGUUCCUCCUGGCAACUGUUCUCCUCACUCUCUUCUCUUUCUGCGCCGCAUGUGUUCACAUAGCACUCCUGGCUGAAGAUGAAGGAACCGUGAACAAAGCCAUUCAGAAGUCACCAACUACAAUAGUAGUGCUUGUGAUCUGCUUCGGAUCCUUCUUCGCAGUCCUAGGAAUGCUCAUAUACCACACCUACUUGAUUGCACUCCACUUGACAACCGCAGAGGAGAUCAAAGGCUUCUGGUCUCCGGCUAGUAAGAAAAGGAGGGCAGCCAAGAGUCCAUUCAGUAAAGGCAACUGCUGCAAGAAUCUCUGCGCUGUGCUAUGUGGACCCAGACACCCUAGGGUUCUGAAGCUAGAGAGGCCUCUGGACGAAGAGGACCAAGAGGAGGAGAAGGUGAGAAGAGUGAUGAUGUCUUCUGAAUAUGGGUCCACUGCCCGGGCACAGCCACUCCCUCCCCCGGACCCUCCUGCAGCAUCUGCUCCAUCAUCCGCAGAACCUUCAUCUAAAAGUGCAUCAGUUGUAGCGUCGACAGGAGUGACAACAACUCAGGGCAAAAGUAGUGCUGCAAAUAAUCAGGAACUGGGAGCUAUUAAUGAAUCGAAUGUGGAAGAAAAUGCAGAUGGGGGUGAUGAGAAGAGAAAAUCAUAUGAGUACGUGAUGAGAAGUGACAUGAACUCUGAACCAGGCCAAGGCACAGUUCCUCCUCCGCCACCUCCCACUGGUCAAGAUCCGCGUGACGACCCCAAAAACGCGCAACGAAGUUCCGAGCAAAGAGAACUAGACAGGGAAGGUGGAAUUGAGGAAGCAUCUCCGCCCAAUGAAAGCGGUGUUACUGCUAAAUCAGAGCCCCAUGUUGUGAGUGGCAACCGAAAUUCGACAACAACUGAACCGAAUGUUGUACCGAGACAGUCUUUAGAUCAGAGAUACAGUUUGACGUCAUCGACGAAGAGUGCGGGUGGUGCUGCAGUACCUGGUGGAGGAUCCCGCUCGGGUCGUCGGAAACGAAGCGACGUUCCGAGUAUCAAAUUGUCGGCGCAGAACUCGUUGGACCCGACAAUUCCGAGUUCAGAGGGAAGAAUCAAUAGUCCGGAUAAAUUGUACCCAGAUUAUGAGCCGGAAGACGACUUUUGGGAUGAAGAAGAAGAAUUUGAGGAUUACUCGAGCACGUCAGAUAGUACAAAAGAUCAAGUUGAAAUACAGAUUCAGAGAAAUGAUACGCAGAGCUCAAGUGAAAAAUAAACUUAAGUUUCUUGUUCAUAUCUUGAUUUUAUUUGCUUCAAUGGGAUGAAGCGCCUUCUCGAGCAGCUAAAGUGUGGGUUCCAUUUUUGCAAUGCCGAGUAUUGCUUUUUUUGUCUUUACACAAGCAAAGCUUGUGCUAUAGUAUGAACUAUCUGUUUUUUUUUCAACCUAAGUGGCAAAUAUUGU